CGCGGAGGGGGCGGGGCCCGGCCGGGCUAUGGUAGCGCGCGGGCUUUGGCGCGCUGGCGGAAUCGGGAGCGGGUGACUCAGACCCAGCAGCAGCACCAUGGCGAGCUCAGCACAGGGCCUGCCCAGCGCCGAGCUCUGGGCCUCCCAUAACAAGAUGGUGAUGGAGCCGCUGGACACCAACGACCCCGAGGUGCACAGCAUCAUCAAGAAGGAGAAGCAGCGGCAGAGGUUGGGGCUGGAGUUGAUUGCAUCGGAGAACUUUGCAAGCCGAGCAGUCCUGGAGGCCCUGGGAUCCUGCAUGAACAACAAAUACUCUGAGGGUUACCCAGGACAGAGGUACUACGGUGGGACGGAGUUUGUGGACGAGCUGGAGAGGCUGUGCCAGAAGCGAGCCCUGCAGGCUUACCGGCUUGACCCCCAGAAGUGGGGAGUCAAUGUCCAGCCCUACUCAGGGUCACCUGCAAACUUUGCGGUGUACACGGCCCUGGUGGAGCCCCAUGGCAGGAUCAUGGGGCUGGACCUGCCCGAUGGUGGCCACCUCACCCACGGCUUCAUGACAGACAAGAAGAAGAUCUCUGCCACCUCUGUCUUCUUCGAGUCCAUGCCCUACAAGGUCAACCCCAAGACCGGUUACAUUGACUAUGACAAGCUGGAGGAGAACGCCCGGCUCUUCCACCCCAAGCUGAUCAUAGCAGGUGUCAGCUGCUACUCGCGGAACCUGGACUACGCCCGCAUGCGGAAGAUUGCGGAUGACAACGGGGCGUUCCUGAUGGCAGACAUGGCGCACAUCAGCGGGCUGGUGGCCGCUGGCGUGGUGCCCUCGCCCUUCGAGCACUGCGACAUCGUCUCCACCACCACCCACAAGACCCUGCGGGGCUGCAGGGCCGGAAUGAUCUUCUACCGCAAAGGCACCCGCAGCGUGGACCCCAAGACAGGCAAGGAGACCCUCUACAACCUGGAGAGCCUCAUCAACCAGGCAGUGUUCCCAGGGCUGCAGGGAGGCCCACACAACCACGCCAUUGCAGGGAUUGCCGUGGCACUGCAUCAGGCCAUGACACCCGAGUUCAAGGCUUACCAGCAGCAGGUGGUGGCCAACUGCAAGGCACUCUCAUCAGCACUGAUGGAGAUGGGCUACGACAUCGUCACAGGGGGCUCUGACAACCACCUGAUCCUGGUGGACCUGCGCAGCAAAGGCACAGACGGCGGCCGGGCCGAGCGGGUGCUGGAGCUCUGCUCCAUCGCCUGCAACAAGAACACGUGCCCUGGUGAUGUCAGUGCCCUGCGGCCCAGCGGGCUCCGCUUCGGGACACCGGCUCUGACCUCGCGCGGCUUCCGGCAGGACGAUUUCCGCAGGGUGGCCCAGUACAUCCACAAAGGGAUUGAGCUGGCUCUGCGUGUGCAGAAGGACAUGAACCCCAAGGCCACGCUGAAGGAAUUCAAGGACAAAUUGGAGGACCAGAAAUACCGUGGGGAGCUGAAGGCACUGAAGGAAGAGGUGGAAGCCUUUGCAGCCACGUUCCCGCUGCCAGGGCUGCCUGUCCUGUAAGGAGACACAGCCGUGCCUGCUCCCAGAGCCACGGGAGCACCCAGGAUCACAGCACACCCCCAAUCCCCAGCCUGACACCAACACCCCAGUGCCUUCUCCCAGCCCUUCCCUGUGAGGCUGCAGCAGCAGCUCCUCCUUUGGCUCUUACUCCCCCUUCCCCUCCCAUGUGGGGCACAGGGACCCCGUGAGUACCACCCCUGUGGGGACACCAGCCCUUCACCACUGUGUCACCGAGCACCAGGUCACCCUCACUCACCUCAUGGUGCCAUCCAGCUCGUGCUGGUUGUGGAGCAGCAGAUGAGAUGUAGGCUGGUCUGUCCACAUUCCCUGGACACCCUGCCCAUGGCAGUGUGAGGGACAGGGGCUCCAGCUGCACAAGGAACCUCACAGCCACUAAAAGCCCCCCUGGUUUCAGCCUCGAGGAUUCCCCUUCAUCCUGUGUGCCUUGCCACCUCACAGGCUACGACAGGGCCAAGCCUUGUCCUGAACAUCCCUCCUGGGAUCACCAUACUAUCCUAACCAGGUCCUCCAGUAUUCUCUCAGACCCCUUGGCACAAAGCUUAGGUUGAACCAUUUUUUAAUAAGCAUGUUAAAAUUAAGAACUGAACCACAACAUAUGACAAGAAUUAUAAGCUUUAAAAAAUACGACCAAUUUUUUUUUUUUUUUUUUGUAUUUCAAAAAUAUCUGAACCCAAAUAAAUAUUUUUUUUUUAAAAGUACAUUUCUCAGACUAGUCAUUUGGUGUUAACAUCAGUUAAACUCUUGUGCAGUGACACUUACAGCACGACACUAAGACAUGCUUGGGUUUCUCCCGGUCACACUCGCCCUAACUACUGACGCAAGCAUUCGGCACGCACAGGCACACACACGGAACUCAACAUGCAGGAAUAGGAUACAGUGCUUUUUUAAAAUAAGAUGAGAAUUCAUCACAGCCUCCUGGCAGCCUUCAGAGGCAGCUCCAAGCCCAGCCCCAUCCCCGUGGCAGCAGCCGUGCUGCCGGCAGGACCGGGUACCCUGCUGCUGCCUUCCAGUGAAAUCCGUCCCAGGGAGCAGGGGCUGGGGGUUUGUGACCCCUCCAAUGCUGGGGUGCAGUUGGGUGCUCUGACAUUGUGCUCUGGGGCAGGGGGUUCUCCUGCAGCCUGGGCAGCUCCCUGAAUUCCCUCAGACCCUGUUACAGGAGCCUCCUCACUGUGCUGCUGCAAGCCCCGGGUCCUGCCCAGCUCCUGCAAUCUGCAGUGUGGGCUGGCUCCCACCACCAGACCAGGGGCUCAGGACCCUCACACUCAAUAAAACCCAAAGAAUUGGCCUGGGAGCACAGAGCCAUCAGCUCCCACCCUGGAGUGCCUCCCCACCCUCCCACCACGGUGAAUAUUGCUAGAGUAUAGGCAGCUCUGAGGAGCUGCUCAGAAGUGAUUGCUAUCAGAUGAGAGGAAAUCUGAGCAUUGUUCUCUGAGAAAUGAAACCUCUGUAGGGUUAGGAUCACCUACAGCUAUGGCUGAGCCUCCUGGGCUGGGAGCUGGAAGCAGGGGGGUUAGUGGGGAGCAGAGCAGGGCCUGGAAGGAGCAGGAGUGGGGAACGGGAGCCCUCCCUCCUGGCCGGGAGAGGCUUCUGCUCGGGUGAAUUCUGAUCAGUGAACACCUCCCCUCCCCGGCAGCCGGGGGAGCCAGCGGGGCUGUGCGGGAGGAGGUGGGGACAUGCUGGGUGGCAGCACUCACAGAAGCAGGGGACACGGCCAUGCAGGGCACCGCUGGCUGGUGAGGGUGGCACUGCCACUGCCAGGACCCCCCUGCUCCUCGGGGAAGGAUGGCUCAGGCAAGAGAACGACACACACGUCAAGGCAGGAGCUGUCAGUGCAAAGGCUGUGGCUCGUUGUUAGUCUGUGAAUAUCAAACUGGUCAGGUGCCACACCAGAGAUGGGGGAAGUCCUAAAGUGCCAAUACAGGAUCUGCACUGUACAACAGCAGCAGAACAGAGACAGAGAAAUUACAGAGGAAAGAGGAACUCGGCUCCCAGACACCAGCUGCCCUCAGAAUCCCCCCAGUUUCUGCCACCACAAGCAGAGAGGGCUCCAAACACCCAGAGGUGCCACAGCCCAGUGUCCACUCCCCUUUUCCAGUCCAAGUGCAGAGGUUACACCGCUGAGAGGAGCACAAGCCCUCCAGGGCGUGUUUCUCCACAGCUCCCAGUUGCAGAUAAUCCCAGAGCUCCUGUUGGGAAUCAGAGAUGUUCCAGCCCCCGGGGCACCCUCCCCAGUCAGAGCUGCUGGGUGGCAGAGAGGUGAAGCAGGUCAGACAGGUGGCAGUGCAAGUAUUGCUCAACACAGCCUUGAGUAUCACAUACUACAGGUUGGACAGAGGGAGUAAGAAGUGAGUUAUUUCUCAAUUUAUGAGCACAGCUGAACACCACAGGUUGAAACCACUGUGACUAAAAUGAGCCACCACGAAUCAUCUCUCCCACUCCGUGCUGGAGGAAGACGUGUGAGUGAGUCAGCAGGAAAAAAGUCUGUCUGUCCUUCCCUCCCUCCCUCCCUCCUCAAACCCAAACAGCACUGGGUGGUUUCCCAGCAGGAAACAAGCUCCUGGUUGGAGCCCUGCUCCAGAGCAGGCUGCUGGGAGCUUUCAUCAGCCUGGUGUCACCUGCAUUACUCAUCUCCCUCCUCCCCCAGGGAAUCUCACCUCAGCUUUAGUGUGGAAGUUUGGGUGUGCUUGAAUCAAUCAGGGGGCACCUUGAGGCACCUCAGGAAGCAGAAAAUUGGAUGGACACAGAGCCUUUCACCAGCAGACUCAGCUCACAUGAGACAGGAGGGCACAGGCAGGACAGGAGAAGGCUUUGAACACGCUGUAAAGGUGAGAAGCUCACCUUCAGCAAAGGCCACACCACCCUGCUUCCAGCCACAACCUCCAAACACCAUCACAACAACCCCUGACCCUGGAAAUCCCUCUGGACAGAACCACGAGGCCAACUUGGCUGAGCCACCACAAACAGCAUAACCUUCAAAACACCUUUGUGCCCUGUGGGUUUGUACCCCAGAGAGCCUUUCCAGGGGAGAGGAGGAGGUGGCACAAUGCUGAGGCACUGAUGCUGGUGCAAGUGACAGCCUCCCCAAGGAGCCUCCGUGCCUCCAGACAGGGCUUUGGGGGAGUGCAGGUCUCACAGCAAGUCCCAGUGGGGUCUAGGCCACGCUGGGGAACCUCAGGCUGUACACAGAAACCUCCCAGGCUCAGAAGGAAGAUCACAUUCACCUCCAAAGCUGCCUCACAUUAUCACCAUAAACAGAAGUUUAAAAAAAACCCAACAAAC